CUGCUGGCUCCGUGGAAUCAUCUGUCAGCGGGGCGAUGCUCACCAUCUGACGGCCGGAACCUCAGGCGGGGUCCAAAGAGCGAAGCCCCGGGGGGACGCAGAUCAGGAGCUCUGGACCAAAGACGGACAAUAGCCGGAACCAUGGUGACUAAAAAGGUCAGGACGGAAUACAUGAAGAAGUUCAGGGACCCGAAGUGGGAGACUUUUUCGAAGUGUUACGAAGACUCUGUGAAGUAUCGUCUGACCCGACGGGUGAUGGAACACUCCCACCGGCCCUGGUUCUGGGAGGGCUGGGACAGCCGCUCGGACUCCAGCGGGUGGUCCACGCCGAGGAUGGCCUGCAACAAGGUGGCCCCUCUCUCCCUCCCGCUGCCGCCCACGUCCUCGGAAGUCAAGCAGAGGCUUUUGGAGUCCAAGGCCCGCCCUGUGCCGGAGCAGAUCUCUGAGGAUGCGGGGGCCGAAGAAGCAAGGGAAGCUCCGGUUGUAGACCCUGUGCCGACCACAGCGGAAAAUGGAGACGGUGGCGCGAACGAGGCCGACAAAGCUCCCGUGAGCAGCAGCGGACCCUCAGAUGACGCCGAGACGGACCGGGGGCCGGCCGACUCUUCCUCGGACGGGGAGCCGCCGAAGGCCGAGACCCAGAGACCCCGCCGCCGCCGCCGCACCCCCCAGUCAGAGCCGGGACGGCCCGACAGCUCCCACGACGACACGCCGGCCGUGCGGAAAAAGCCCCCGAGAGCCAAGAGCCAACCCCCGGUCAGCACCAAGGAGAGCCUGAGACCCCCCGGCCGACUGGACUGGACCGAGAGGCACGCUGAGGCCCGGGCGCCCAGCGUGAGCGCGCCGCCCCGCCGGGAGGCCGACAAGCGCAGCUGCAACCCGGACCGCCGGCGCGCCCGAUCGGCCGACCUGGACAAGGUCCGGCACUCGCAGCUAACGGUCGCGGAUGACCGGUGGAUGACGGAGUACAUGCGCUGCUUCUCAGCCCGGCUCAGGUAG